AUGAGUAACAAGAUGUAUACUGGAGGUUACAAUGGUGGAGGACAAUCUAAUGUCAGUUCAAAUAACUCAAAUGGAAGUUAUAAACCUAGAAACACAGCUGGUAAAUCUACAGUCUGGUGUGAUUAUUGCAAAUACAAAGGUCAUACCAGGGAAAAUUGCUUCAAGUUUCAUGGUUAUCCAUCUGAUUUCAAGAACAAGAGAAGAGGUGGAGCUCCACAUGCUCAAGCCAAUAGUGCUAUUAAUUCUAGUUGUUCAGAGCCACAAGUACAGGGACAACAGGUGACAACUACUCCAUCUCCAGCUCAUUUCUUCACUCAGGAACAGUACCAGCAAAUCAUGCACCUGUUGAACAAGGACAUGGAGGUUGAAUCUGUGGCCAAUGGUGUUGCUGCAGGGCCAACAGGUACUGCACAUGCUUUUAUGACUAAUCUAGUUCAUAAUAACUGGAUAAUAGACACAUGUUCCACAAACCAUAUGGUUCACAGUUUGAAUUUGCUAGAGACUUAUGAUGAAAUACUUGAUAAUGCUAGGAGUAAGGUUCAUUUACCAACUAGAGAACAUGUGUCUAUCACUCAUGUAGGUAUUUGUUCAUUCUUCAAGAACAAGAAGGUUCAGAAUAUCUUUCACAUUCUAGAGUUUAAGUACAACCUCCUCUCAGUAUCAAAACUCACAAAGGAACUGAGGUAUCUUGUAGCAAUUUACCCUGACUUCUGUGUCUUUCAGGAACUCUCAAGUGGAAAGGUUUUGGGGAUUGGUAAGGAAGCGCUUGGUUUGUAUAUCCUCAAGGUAGAUGACAGACAAGUGCUCAAUCAACAAGCUUCCUCUUCACUAGUAUCUCUUUCUACUUCAACUGUAAAUACCAUAUCAGAUGACAUCAAUAAAGGUAAUAACCUAACAGAGAAUAAGUCAUGUCCUGUAUUCUCCUUAUGGCAUAAGAGGUUAGGUCAUUCUCCUUUAAAGGUUUUGAGGUCUGUGAAAUAUUUGCAUGAUAUGCAUUUUAAACAACAUCACUGUACUGCGUGUCAUGUUGCCAAACAAUCAAGACUACCAUUUCCUGUUAGCUCCUCUUACUCUAAAUCUAUUUUUGAUAUGGUUCAUGGUGAUAUUUGGGGACCUUAUAGAGUACCUACUCAUGAUGGAAAAAGGUAUAUUUUAACCCUAGUAGAUGACUACUCAAAAUAUACUUGGCUUUUCUUACUGCAUUCCAAGUCAGAUACUAAUGAAGUAUUGAAAAACUUUGUAGAACUAAUAUAUACACAGUUUGAUAGCAAGCUUAAAUGCUUAAGAACAGAAAAUGGUAUAGAAUUUUUCAAUGAUCAAUUACAAACCUUAUUAAAGAAACAGGGGAUUGUGCAUCAAACCUCCUGUAUAUAUACUCCUCAACAGAAUGGAACUGUUGAAAGAAAACACAGGUCAAUCUUGGAUAUGGCCAGAGCUCUCAGAUUCCAAGCUCACUUGCCUCUCAGUUCUGCAUCUCUCUUUCCUUUGCCCUCACCAGUGCCUUCUCCUACCACAACUUGUGAAUCCUCUGCUCUUUCUGUACCACUCAGGAAGUCUUCAAGAUUAACUAAACCACCUGUGUGGCUAACUGACUAUGUAGUUCCAUCAAAGAAAUCGGUCUGUUCCUAUCCUAUGAUCAAUCAUAUGGCAUAUGAUAAACUGUCACCUAGUUGCAGAUCUUCUUUGACUGCUUUCUCAGCCAUUGUGGAGCCUAAGUCCUUUGCUGAAGCUAGUCAAGACCUCAAAUGGAUUGAGGCUAUGAAGGCUAAGAUUACUGCUCUUGAAGAAAACAAAACUUGGUCCAUUAUUCCUUUGCCUCUUGGGAAGUUUUCUAUAGGCUGUAAAUGGGUCUUUAAAGUCAAGUACAAAUCCUCUGUUGAAUUGGAAAGGUACAAAUCAAGACUAGUAGCCAAAGGUUACAGUCAACAGAAAGGUUUGGAUUAUACAGAAACGUUUUCUCCAGUGGCUAAAAUGGUCACUAUCAGAGCUAUAGUUGCCUUAGCUGUUGCUUUUGGUUGGUAUGUGUUUCAUAUGGAUGUCCAUAAUACUUUUUUUCAAGGAGAUCUCCUAGAGGAAGUUUACAUUCAUGUUCUUGAUAGCUUUUCAAGUGAGGGGGAGUGUCAGCAGAAAAUAGCCUCAGACUUGGUUGUCAUUCUAGUUUAUGUGGAUGAUCUCCAGGUAACUGGAAGUUAUAUGACACUAAUCAAACAGGUCAGGAAAAGGUUGCAAGAGAGGAAGUAUGCCCUUGAGCUUGUGUCAGAGCUUGGUCUAGCAGGAGGAAAGACAGCAACUACACCUCUUGAAUUCAACCAUACGCUCACAUCCAUUGAGUUUGACAAAGAAGUACCAAAUGACAAUACUACUGAGGAUAAGGAACUUGAAGAAAAAGGCAGUUAUUAG